AUGGAUUUGUGGAACUGGGAUGAAGCAUCACCACAGGAAGUGCCCCCGGGAAACAGGCUGUCAGGGCUGGAAGGAGCUGAGUUCGGCUUCUAUUUCCCUGAACUGGAGCACCAAGGGGACACGCUGACAGAGGAGACAUACUGGAAAGGUCUAAGUUCCUUCUGCCUCGCAGGGCUCUCACAGCGGGACUGGGGCUCGGCGUCACCGCACCCAGAAGCAUUAUGGGGGGCUGAGCACGCCCCUCAGCCUCUUCCGUGGUCGGGAGACUGGACCCACCUGGCGAGUACGGGCUGGGAUGCUCGGAGCCGCGUCUCGCCGGCCAUGGGCCCCGCCCCUCCUGGCCUGGGCCCCGCCCCCUUCGCUGGGUCCGAAGGAGUAGCGGGCCAGAAUUACACCACCUCGGCGGAAGGGGCCAGCUCGUGGUCGCACGCCCCCACCGCGGCCAGCUCCACCAGCUGGGACUGUUCUAUUGGCCCCGACCGCGCCACCUACUGGGGCAAGGGCCUCGGCGGGGAGCAGCGCGCCGUCUAUACCACUUCUUGGGGUGGGCCUGCGGGCUCGGACUAUCCCACCUCCUGGGACUCUGGGCUGCACACGGAUUGCACCACCUCUUCGAAGGAGUACCUGAGUUCAGAUCUCACCACUAACUCCGAACUGAGGCAGCAGUCGGACCGCGCAACUUUGGCUCGUGACUCCAAAACUAACCACCGAGGUCCCAUUCAGCUGUGGCAGUUCCUCCUGGAGCUACUCCAAGAUGGGGCGCGUAACAGCUGCAUCCGCUGGACGGGCAACAGCCGCGAGUUCCAGCUGUGUGACCCCAAAGAGGUGGCGCGGCUGUGGGGAGAGCGCAAGAGGAAACCCGGCAUGAAUUACGAGAAGCUGAGCCGAGGCCUGCGCUACUACUAUCGCCGCGACAUCGUCCGCAAGAGCGGUGGGCGCAAGUACACUUACCGCUUCGGGGGCCGCGUGCCUGGCCUAGGUUAUGCAGACCGCGAGGUGGGAGGACAGGGAGCAGCGACCCAAUAAAAAUAUCCCAUCAAAACUCA